AUGGCAGGUGAAAAGUCCAGCGCGGGCACGGCUCGUACCCCCGCGAGGCCGGCACCUAAGCCAGCUGGCUCUGCUUCUGCAUCGGCAAAGCAGCGCUCCAUCAUGAGCUUCUUCCAGAAGUCGUCGCCAACCGCCGCAUCAUCGCCUGCCUCUCGUGAUAAGGUCUCUCCCGAUCCUCAACGUUCCUCAUGUUUGCAAGAGACCACCAAAGCCAACUCUCUUCCCAAGCCAAAGCCAUCAAGGAAGCUCUCGACCCCCGUCCCUAGCAGCGACGCCCUUGAGCCGCCCAGCUCGCAGGAGAACGCUGAUCCUGUACCGUCCGCCGCCAAGACCACAAGCAGUGCUCUGCUUUCACCGACAACAAUGACACCCAGUGCAGCGUCUGCCAACGAUCUGACCCCAAAGGCGAUGCCAGAGAGCAGUCCAAUUCGAAAGGUAAAAGCAUACGUCACGCCCAUGGCAAAGAAGGUCGUCAGCUAUGCCGAAUCGUCCGAAGACGAAGGGCCGUUCAAUUAUGGGAACAGGUCUCAAACUCGUCGCCGUGGUCGAGCUCGCCCUGCAGUGAAAGACGAAGACGAUUAUGAUGAAGACGAAGCGGUUUCCCCAGACGACGAUGACGACAUGGGAGAUUUUAUUGCAUCUGAUGAUUCUGACGACCGCCCUCAAACAAAAAAGCGAAAGCGUCCAGCAAAGUCACAAACUGCCCGAAAAAGAUCCAAUGUUUCGCCACCAACACACGCCAGAAGUGAAUCGCCCAUUCGAGACCCUGAUGAUGAGCUAAUGAGCGACAUGCCUACGACAUCAACUACUUCUCAAUGGAAUUACGACCCCGAGUCUACGGAUAAGCGCCCUGUCACAACACCCACGGAGCGUUCCACGACAAAGGACCCUAAGCGCAAGGAGAAAGCCUACACAAAGGAACCUGAGGAUCGAUACCCCUGGUUGGCCAACAUUCGUGACAAGGAGAAGCGCGCUCCCAGUGAUCCGGAUUAUGAUCCCAGAACCAUCUUCAUCCCACCAAUGGCCUGGAACAAGUUCUCCCCCUUCGAAAAGCAAUACUGGGAGAUCAAACAGAACCUGUGGGACACAAUCGUUUUCUUUAAAAAGGGCAAAUUCUACGAGUUGUACGAGAACGACGCCACCAUUGGCCACCAGGAGUUCGACUUCAAGAUGACUGACAGAGUCAAUAUGCGAAUGGUUGGCGUCCCAGAGAGCUCUCUGGACCAUUGGGUCAACCAGUUCAUUGCAAAGCAGUACAAAGUUGCAAGGGUUGAUCAAAUGGAGACAAAUCUCGGAAAGGAGAUGCGCGAACGCCAGGAUAAGAGUGGCAAGAAGGCUGACAAAGUCAUCUCUCGUGAACUGUCCUGUGUGCUCACAGCCGGUACCUUGGUUGAUGGCAGCAUGCUCCAGGACGAUAUGGCCGCAUACUGUGUCGCAAUCAAGGAGUCCCUCAUCGACGACUUACCUGCAUUUGGUAUUGCUUUCGUGGACACUGCCACUGGGCGCUUUCAGUUGUCUAGUUUCAUUGACGACAUCGAUCUCACAAAGUUCGAAACGUUUGUUGCGCAGAUUGGCCCUCGGGAACUUCUCAUCGAGAAGUCCCAGCUGUGCACGAAAGCGUUGCGCAUCCUGAAAAACAAUACCAGUCCCACCACAAUUUGGACACAUCUGAAGCCUGGUACUGAGUUCUGGGAUGCAGAUACCUCUCGAAGAGAACUGAAAUGUGGAAACUAUUUCAGUGCUGACGAGACUGAUGAAGACGGUGCCUGGCCAGAGGUUUUGCAAGAGUACAAGAGUGAUGACUUGGUCAUGUCUGCUGUGGGAGCAUUGGUGUCCUACCUCAAGUUCUUGCAGCUGGAGCGACCACUCCUGUCUCAGGGACACUUUGAGAAGUACAGCCCAAUCCAAAAGAAUGGUACUUUGAUUCUGGACGGGCAAACUUUGAUGAACCUGGAAUUGUUUUCCAAUUCUUCCAAUGGUAGCUCAGAGGGGACAUUGUUCAGCUUACUUAACAAGUGCAUAACACCCUUCGGAAAGCGACUAUUUCGCCAAUGGGUAGCGCAUCCGCUCUGUGACAUUCAACGGAUCAACGAACGGCUGGACGCAGUGGAUAUGCUCAAUGCUGACUCGACGGUUCGCGAGCAGUUCGCAUCCCAACUGGUGAAAAUGCCAGAUUUGGAGCGACUUAUCUCUCGUAUUCAUGCCGGAGCUUGCAAGCCAGAAGACUUCGUGCGAGUGCUGGAAGGUUUCGAGCAAAUAGAAUAUACUAUGAGCCUUCUGGGAGCAUUCAAAGGAGGAAAUGGCCUCGUUGACCGACUCAUUUCGUCAAUGCCUGAUCUUGAAGAGCCCUUGACGUACUGGAAGACAGCAUUCGACCGUCGCAGGGCGCGAGAAGACAAGAUCUUGAUCCCGGAACGGGGUAUUGAACCUGAUUUUGACGACAGCUUGGAUCGAAUGGAAGAAAUCAAGGGGCAGCUGAGCGAAUUACUGAGCGAGAAGAAGGGCGAACUAAAGUGCCGGACACUUAAAUUCACCGAUGUUGGCAAGGAAAUCUAUCAGAUGGAGACACCGAAGAGUGUCAAGGUGCCGUCAAGUUGGCGACAAAUGUCUGCCACAAAGGACGUGAAGAGGUGGUACUUCCCACACCUCACCCAGCUGGUUCGGGAGCUUCAGGAGGCUGAGGAGCUUCAUUCUCAACUGGUUCGGGAAAUUGCAUCUCGACUGUUCAAGAAGUUUGAUGUUGAUUAUAACACCUGGCUCCUUGCUAUCAAGAUCAUUGCCCAGUUGGACUGCUUGGUCAGUUUGGCCAAAGCAUCGAAUUCAUUGGGACAGCCAUCAUGUCGACCCCAAUUCCUCGAUGAGGAGCGCAGUUUUGUUGAUUUCGAGGAGUUGCGACAUCCCUGCAUGAUCAACACUGUUGACGAUUUCAUACCGAACGACGUUAAGCUCGGUGGCGAUCAAGCCAAGAUUAACUUGUUGACUGGAGCCAAUGCCGCUGGAAAGUCGACUGUCCUGCGAAUGUCCUGCGUGGCUGUGAUUAUGGCUCAAAUCGGAUGCCAUGUUCCUGCCGUAUCGGCUCGCCUAACUCCAGUCGACCGCAUCAUGUCCCGUCUUGGUGCCAACGACAACAUCUUUGCUGCACAGUCCACCUUCUUCGUGGAGCUUUCGGAAACCAAGAAGAUACUUUCGGAAGCGACACCACGCUCACUCGUCAUUCUUGAUGAACUCGGCAGAGGAACUAGCUCAUAUGACGGCGUGGCUGUCGCCCAAGCUGUGCUUCACCAUGUUGCAACUCACAUUGGGUGUGUUGGCUUCUUCGCGACUCACUACCACUCGUUGGCCACCGAGUUUGAGAACCAUCCCGAAAUCAGAGCGAAGCGAAUGCAAAUCCAUGUGGAUGACGAAGAACGCAAGGUUACAUUCCUGUACAAGCUCGAGGAUGGUGUUGCUGAGGGGAGUUUUGGCAUGCACUGCGCGGCAAUGUGUGGCAUCUCAAACCGCGUGAUCGAACGAGCAGAGGUUGCUGCCAGAGACUGGGAGCAUACUAGCCGGUUAAAGGAGAGCUUGGAGAAAGCCAAGACUGGUUGCUAUAUUCCCCUGGGCAUACUGAGCGAUAUUGGGAGUCUAUUAGAAGGGAAGGGGGACAUUGGCGAUAAAGGGGUGGAUGUACUUCUCAAGGCUAUUGAAUGCUUGUGA